AUGAAGUGGGUGACUGCGAUAAUAGCGCUUUCGCUUUUAUCGUUGUUUUCUAACGCUACAAACAGUGCUAAUCUGGACGAAAUGUUUACUCGAGUCAGUGAGAGGCAAGAGCCGAAUGAUUUCAACGAACACAAGAUGAUGAUGAUGACUGCAAAAUGGGACAACAAGAUUGCGGUUAAGAUACAAAUUCCCUCCAUGGAUGUUGAACUGAAGUUGAUUUACGAAAAGGAUUUCAUUGAAGUUAACAGCAAAGCGUAUGGCUACAUCAGACCUAAACAUUCAAAGAUCUUCAAGUGCAAGGAAAUCCCUGAGUAUCUCAGAAACACGACGUGCUCUGACCAUGAGGUUUUCGAGAUUACAACUCCUGCAUUGAUAUCUCGGAUGUGGAACUUUACAGUGUCAGUAAUGACCCAGGUGCGUGACGGUACGUUGGAAAUGACCUCAGGGAUUUGGAAGAAAUGCAUUAUGGUCGCAAGGGUAGUGAUUGGAAAAGUAUGGUAUGGACUUAAGUACACCUGGAUUGGAACGGUUAAUUGGACUCGGGAGAAAUUCGAAUGGUUCUCAGACUUGACGUGGAAUGGAGCAAAGAGGUGGCUUGGAAAAUUGUUAUGGAACUGUACGGAAUGGUUGGCUUGGAUUUUAUGGAAUGGACUUGGAUGGUUGGCUGAGAGGGUCUGGAAUGGACUUCAGUGCUUAGCGGAUUUUACCAUAACUGCGACAUAUUUAUUUGCCGAGAUGGUCCAAAAUAAGUCAGCUGAGCUGAUCCAGAUGAUGAUUUACGGAGUGACGUGGAUUGUUGAACCAUUUGUGCCUGUCUUCUCUUAUAUCACUAAUGUUGCGGUUGAUUUAUAUUUUGGUUUCUUACACGAUCAUGUGAAACAAAUUCAAACUCGCUUUGAUUUUGUUUCCUGGCAAGAUGGCGUCUACGCUUUCUCCGCUGGUUUGGUCGUCAAUGUUUCUCUUUUGGUUGCUGUUUUUCUCGUUUACCGGUUAUGUGUGCGAACUGUGAAAUUCAUCGGACGGAAAUGGAAAGAGUACAAAGACAGAAAGGCUGCCGCUAAUAUGCCACCCAAACCACAGAAACCAAUUUGGCAGCCGAAACGAAAGCACAAGAAAAAGAAGAGAAUUGACGACUGGUAG